AUGGCACACUUGGCCAAAUAUUCUAAUAUUAUCAACCUUGAACAGAUCACUAAACGUAAUAUUAAUGGAAAGAGCUUUCUUAACAUCCUACGUAUUGCCCUUCAGAAGGUAGAACUCAUCAGAACAACCGAUAUUCUAGGAUAUGUAGAGCGUAUUUUACUGACUGAAGAAUACAACAAUACUAAAAACUUUGUUAAAAACCAUAAACCUGUACUUAAGGAACUUGAUGUUAAGAAUGAAGUUCAACUCAUCUACUUAUUAUUUACUCUCGCCACUGUUGCUGAUGAGUAUGAAGUCUCUUUGAAAAAUUACAUUGAGAAAACAAUCCAAGAACAAGUAGUGCAGUUUAAGCCAACAGAAUUAGCCAAUGAUAUACCAGUAUCAAUAAAAGUACAACUGAUGGAAACAGAAAUUUUUGAAAAUGUCGAAUACCAAUUAAUGGAUGUGGAAUACAACGAUCAAAACACUGAACACCAAUUAGAAGACGUGAUUGCAGAAUCUUCAACAAAGAAUUCUAAACAGAGUUCCACAAAAUUGAAUGUCAAAACUAUACCCUAUACUCCAAAAGGAAAAAGACGUACUGUCACGUUUGCAGAAAUGGCCUUCAGGAACUUAGAUGUAAGCAGCAAUCAUAAUACCUUCCUGACUCCACCUGGUAAUAGGCAAAAAGUUAACGUGACCAAGCGAUCAGCAUCUGAUAGCAAGGAAAGAGAACAAUUUCAGGCUGUAGUGAAAGAUUUACCUGGAACUGUCAUCACUUCAAUGCUGUAUCCUACAGAUUCUUCCCAAUCACCUAUAUCCCAUUUGGGAUGUAAAGCUUUCAAAAUGGUUCACGAGAAAAGUACCCACAAGCUCAUCAUGUAUUAUGAAAAUUGGACUGAUUUGGAUAAAAUUACGAAUACCAAGUUGAACUUGCCAGAAUAUGAAGGUGUUUGGACUAGGUAUUUCUUGUCUCAACUAUCUAAAGGUUGUAAUCGAUCACCAAGAAAUGGCUGA